UCAAAUCUCAAGCCCAAUUAAGCUCAACUGGUGCUCAAGUCCCUCCGUUCUCGCUUAAGCCCUGGAAAACAGACGACUGAACUCUUUCUUCUUCUUCUUCUUCUGCGGUCUUCGUUUCAUCUCGGAAUCGCCAAUUGCUCUAGAAAUGAAAAAUGUUCGGCUUGCUUUACGAUCCUUCAAUGACUGUGUAUCAUGCCGAUUUCAUCAGCCACAUUUGAGAACUCUUUCUACAAACAGGACAUCAGUGGAGGAAUGGAUGAUGAGAAAAAAUCUAAUUCCUUUGAAUCUUCUGAUGAUUUCGAGCGGCGGAUCUUCAGUGAAACUUCUGGGGGUAGUUUUUUCACGAAGCUCGAUAGGCUCGGGAAGGUUCGUGAUGGACAUGGUUCAGAUCUGGGUGGAGGAAUUGGAAGUGGAAGUGGCUCCCGUAUACUCGACGGCUUAGAUGAGAGUUUUAACACAUUAUCUGAUGGAAUGGAUGGAAAAUUAGAGAAAGCAGCCACCUACUUUGAGUUUGAUGAGGAAGAAGUAGACAAAGAUGAUUAUUCUUUCAGACCAGAUAUGACGUUUAAGCCAGGAAUGACUUAUGAGACAAAAGAUCUGGAUCUUACUAAGCCAGGAGUUCGUAAACUUCCCCGUAGGUAUGAGUUUGAAGUAACUACAAAGGAAGUUCUUAGAAAAGCUGAUUUCAGGAAUGUGAGAUUCCUUGCGAAUUUCAUAACAGAGGCUGGAAUUCUCAUCAAAAGAAGCAAGACUGGAAUUAGCGCCAAAGCUCAGAGGAAGGUCGCCAGGGAAAUCAAAACAGCUCGAGCUUUUGGUUUAAUGCCUUUCACGACAAUGGGGACAAAAUCAUUUGUUUUUGGGAAAACUAUGGAGAAUCUAGAUGAAGAUUAUGAGUACGAAAGUUAUGAUAACCAUAUGGGUGAUGCUGAUGGAGGAGAUCCACUGGCGCCGUAAAGGGGUCAAACCCGUUAUAGUGAGGUGCUCUUGAAUCAAGAAUUUACAGUUGACAGCAUAACUACAAACCUGCCCCUACUCCAUAAGAGUGUACAAAACGAGAAGGAAAUGAUGGAAUCAGAUGGGUGCUUGGUGGAGGUGAAUUCCGGCUGGCCGGUAAAUCCACGAUCUGGUCGGUACGUAGGUUAUUCAGUUUUUUCUUUUUCUAGAUGACAAUCACUGUAAUAACAGCCAAAGUCGUUCGACUUGGUAUUUCAAGUCUAUUGGGUUUUGGUAUUUUCAGUAUAUACAUAACUUGUUUGUAGAAAGAGAGUCUGCCAAAGGAACUACAUUUUGUGAGAUCAGAAUUGCAUGAGUCACUCUUCUUGCUCUAGGAAGUUCAAAAUUAAACAAAGAUUGUGAUCGGUCGUUUUUGCCAGGA